UGAGGUCUACUCGCCUACGUCAAGUUAAACUGAAGACGUGCUCGCUCCUCCAUUCUCCCGAGCCCGAAAAUCACUCGACGAUCUCAGAUGCAAUGAAUUCGGUAUUGAGUCACAUCUUUGUGGUGCUGUGCCUUUCGACAGCAGUAUCAUCAUCCGAAGAGCUCAAUUGCACAGGGCCUGGCAUCGUCGAUGCUAUCAUGGCGAAGAUCGCCGAAAUGCCUGAGCUGGAUCCGUACCAUUCAGAACCGAUGUCGAUGCUUGGUGCUAAACUAGUGAACAUAACGUUCAAUGGCCUCUCACGGAUGAAAUCAGCAAAGGCGCCGCGGUUCAACCGACUGGACAAUAACACAGUGCAGAUUAUAUUCCCUAUCCAAUACUCAACUAUAUUCGGCAACGCGGCUUACGAAAUGCAAUUCUUCAAAGGGGGAGUACGUUUCACCCUCAAAGGAGUCGUUGCGGAGUUUGACGGUGUACUCGACACAACAACGGACGAUGUCAAACUUACCAAGUUCAGGUUCAUUCACAUUGGAGAUAUCGAUGUGAAGGUCGACGGGCCGGCGCAAGUUUUCGCGGGUACGAUAAAGCAGGAGGUCAACAACAAACGUCACCGCUUCAGCUCCAAGAUCAGCAAGAAAGUCCCGGUGCUGUUCAACGAGAAAGAUCCCAAGAUCGACCUUCAGUGCUUGAAUAGCGAAACCGACGUCUUGAAUUAGUGUGUCGGUGGGUUCCCCGGAAUGAGAGUCUGACUUGCUGUCCAUCAUGUCCCAAAAACUACCCAUGAGCUUUCAUCAACAUCAUUUGAUAAAAAGCUCGUGUUCAGUGCUGUAGGUACACGGGAAUCUCAUUCAUUGGGAGCGGCCUCGAGGAUUCGCCUAGCGCUCUGUGGUCGAGGCGAUGACUCGAGGUGAACUUCGGUUCACAGGAAAAUUGAUCCAAACUAUUCGCAGGAAGAGUUUGCUUUGAUCAUCCAUCCCUCAGCCUUGGAGAGUUGUCCUACAUACAUAGUCGAAGGUCUGAUCUAAUAAAUGCUUUUCGUGA